AUGUCAAUCCCACCUAACAAACGUCUCAGAAAUUCCAAUGAUCCCUCUAUCUUACCAUCACACCCAUACGCCUUACAGGAUUUCCUCGCUCAUCAUCAAGCAUACUUAAAUUCGAUCGAGGAUCAGAGACGUAAAGCUCCUCCUAAGGAUUUUGAUCAUUUGUCCAAAUCAUGUUGGAAAGAACUAAACAUAACCCAUAGAAGAUUACGACCUUCACAACAAUGUGGAAUUACGGGAGAGGUCGCUGGGGUGAUCCAAUCUGCUGUUCGUGAGAUUACGAAGGGAUGUAGAGAUUCGCCAAGAUUGGAAACAAAAUUAUCUGCUUUGGAGGCUCUGAGGAAAAUCAGUAAAUCGAUUAUAUUAUGUGAUGAAAGAGAGAUAAGAAAGGGAGUGAUGAAUGAUGAUUGGACGCCUAAUAGUCUCGCUCAUGCCAUGGUAGAAAUUCUAGAUGGAAUGGAUGAAGAAGAGAAGGACAGAUUGGGACCUAAUGGGAUAAGAUGGUUAGUGGAAGAGUAUAACAAAUAUGCGAUAGAUUGUUUCGAUCAGGUUCUGGAAAUUUUAGAUGGUGAUGAAGAGGAAGAUGAGGAAGUUUAA